AUGAUGAAGUGGAUUUAUUCUUGUAAUUCCAAGUGGGAAGUAUACUUUUCUGAAUGCGAAACUGAAGCACUGAAUCACGAUUGCAGUAAGAAGUGCCGUGAACGUUUGAACGAGACACUGAGCACCCAACAAGGGGCGGUACUCGGCACCUGCGUGUGCGCUGAUACCGAAGACGAGCUUUGCGUGAAGCUUCGUGACGCUAUUUUGAAGCCGUGUAUUACUGUUCCCUCCAAACCCGACGAUCAUAUGGACAAUUCUGUUACUGAUAAGACGACACCGAUGGAUGUACAUAUGGAUAAUACUUCCAGAUCACAGUCACUAAGUCCUCAGCUAUUACCAAUAGCAUCUUUAUGUCUUCUUUUGUUGUUCAGAUGGGCACUUACUUUGUUCUAG